AUGGAUGAUUCAAAUCCUGUAUCCUCACCUGUCAACCCAAAUGUGAAGUUGGAAAAGAAUGGAGAGGAAGACAAAGUUGAUGUAACUUUGUUCAAGCAAAUUGUGGGAUCUCUAAGGUAUAUGUGCAACAGUCGACCUGAUAUAGGCUGCAAAAAGAAUUCUAAGAUACUUAAAGGAUCGAUAGAGUAUGAAAUUCUAUUUCGACGAAACUCUAAAGGCAAAGAAGCAACAAUUACUUGUUUUUCAGAUGCUGAUUGGAGUGGAGAUAAGGAAGAUCGAAGAAGCACAACUGAAUAUUUAUUUCAAGUAUUUGGUACCCCAAUGUCACAGUGUUCAAAGAAACAACCUGUGGUGGCAUUAUCAUCGUGUGAAGCUGAAUAUACAACAAGAUUUUAUGCUGCUUGUCAAGCAAUUUGA